AAAAAAACAGACAGAAACAGAAAUAGCGCAGCAACCAAAAUAAUAACAAUUAAUAAUACUAAGUGUCCGCUGAACGAUUACACAAAAAUAACCGAAACGCCCGCUAGCCAGCCACCCAGUCUAGCUAGUACCAGUUUUUUUUUGUUACGUUUUAUUGGCAACAAACAGUCGUCUUCGUCUCUCUGGGAUAAUUUUUUUUUUGUUUGUUGCGACGCAUAAAUCCGUUAUUCUUAAUCGAUAUAAGUUUUAACGGGCGUAUUAAGAAAGCAAAUCAAAAUACAACAAAUAAACAAGAUCAUUUGGCCACUUUAAUGUCGCAGUUAAUUUUUGUGAAGCAACAAUAACAAUAACAACAGCAGUAGCAACAAAAAUCGUAAACGAAAAACGAAAAGAAACGAAACGAAACGAAAAAUAGAAAAAUAAAACGUACGACGCAGUCUGUCUGUAUUGGUGGUGUGUGCGUGAGUGUGUGUGUCCGUUGUGCUGGCGUUCGAGUGUACGAGCGAGCGAGCCAGCAAUAGGGCGGCAGUGGCAGCGAAAAGAGAUUUUCGACAUCAUUUUUCUCUCGACAAUUUUCAAACAAAAACUCAAGUUUUUUAACUUGAAGAAGGGGAGUUCGAAAAGGCGUAGAAAAGCUGAGAAUUAAGUCCAGAACACUCCAAUCGGAGGGCGUGGCAAAGACGGAAAGAAAGAAGGCGUAGAAAACAGAAGAGGCAAGAGGAGAAUAAGAGGGAAAAGCAAAACGCAGUUUUGAGAUUGUUGCUGCUGCUGCCGCCUGCAACGAAACAGAACAGAAAUAAUAUAAAUAAUACAAAUAAUAAUACAAGAGAGGCUCCAACAAAAGCAACACCAAAAAGGAAAUCAACAAAGGCAAAAGCAGAAAACAAAAACAAAAGCCACAGAGAACGAGAGUGUAAUCGAGAGAGCAGCAGCUGAAAACAUAUGAUUUUUGUUUGUGUUGUUGUUUUUGCGCGCGCUCUGCGGAACGAGUGAGAAGUGGAACGCGAGGAAUAACAGGAACGAGUGGCAUUUGUUGCUGUUGUUGUGCUUCAGCUGCUGGCUGAUUCAACCAACGGAACAGAAACAGAAACAACAACGCAAGUGUUGACAACAAAGCGAAAGAGCGGCGAAAGCGGAGAAAAAGAGGCGACAGAUUCGAUCCCAGACGCAGUGUCUCCGGGAGAGCUAGAACAGCUAGAACAGCAAGACUGCCAACCAACCUACUCCCGCCCCCCCCAUAUACACAAACACACACACCCACUGCCAGCCCUCCCUGCCCUCCAGUGUGGAGGCACUGCAUCAUUGGCAGCAGCUGUGGUAGCAGCUAGAGAGGAGCGAUUCAGGAGCUAACCGCCCAGCAACCGCCGCCGCAUCAUGUCCGCGGACUCGCCUCGCCGCCAUCCCACCGGCGUGGUCGGUUCCGGCCUUGGACCGGGGUCCUCCGUCUCCGGAUCGGGUUCCGGUUCCAGUCACGGUCAUGUUUCCGGUUCCGGCUCGCGAACGGGCACGCUGCCCGCCAUUGUGCCGCCGCAGACAGUGUCGGACCGCUCCAUUCUGGACUCGGCCAUCGGAUUCAUCAACGAUGUGACCUUGGCCAAUCAGCCGGUUCAGGAUCCCAAGGACACCAUCACCUGGGCCCGAUUCGAGACAUGUGCGGAUGUCAGCGAUCCACGUUUCGGCGACGAUUGGGAGCUGGAGGGAAAUGCGGCGCCACCGCUGCUUCUGAUUCUCGGCUACGGACUGGGCGUCCAGGUGUGGGCCAUUCCCGCCAACGGUGAGGCAGUUGAGGUGCUAUCGUGGCGCCAUGGCGUCGUCACUGCCCUCCGAGUGCUGCCCACACCGGCGACGGCAGCAGCUCUGGACGAGAACGGCCGGGCAGAUGAGCCCGUCGAUGCCUUCGCGGAGAAGCGUCCCCUGGUGGCUCUUGUCGAUGGUGGCAGUGCAGCGUCCAGUGGCCUCCUUGCGGGUAAUUCGGGCAUGGGCGGAGGCGGCGGCAUCAGCACAGUCGGUGGCUCCGGUGGUGGGAUUGGAGGCGGCGGCAGUGGCGCCGUUUCGGCAGCUGCCCAAUUCAGUGCCGUUAACUUUCUGUCACUGAAAACGGGCGUCCAGGUCAAGACGAUCAAGUUCAAGAACGCCGUGCUGGACAUUCAGGCGAAUAGAUCGGCGGUGGUCAUUACGUUCCACGAACGGAUAGCCGUCUUCGAUGCCAGGACACUGGAGGACCGUCUAACCAUCACCACCUGCUAUCCCAGUCCGGGGAUUAAUCCCAAUCCCAUUGCCCUUGGCCCACGCUGGCUGGCAUACGCGGAGCACAAGCUGUUGCACUCCAAGCGCAGCGGCGGCGGAUGCGACGGCGAGGGUGUACCCAGCUAUACGGCAACAGUGCUCAAUGCGGCCAAGUCCCUGGGCAAGGGGCUGCGCGAGCUGGGCGAGCAGGUGGCCGCCGGAUUGACUGGUGGCACCACCGCCGGCAGCGGUGCCAGCUCCAAGAGCAGCAGCUUCGAUUCGGCCAGCGGCGGCCCGGAUGCCAAGCAGUCGGGCGUGGUAACCAUCAUCGAUGUGAAGCAUCCGGUAAAGGACUAUAGCCCCACGUCGGGCACACCGCUGAGUGCAACGGGCGGCUCACAGGCAGCCGGUGAUCCGAUUGUUGCCCACUUUGUGGCCCACAGCGAGGCACUGGUGGCCAUGGAGUUUGACAGCUCCGGUAUGCUGCUGCUCACCGCCGAUCGGCGUGGCCAUGAUUUCCAUGUGUUCCGCGUCCAACCGCAUCCCGUGGGCCCCAGCCUGGCCGCCGUGCAUCAUCUGUAUGUGCUGCAUCGAGGCGAUACCAGCGCCAAAGUGCAGCACAUUGCCUUCUCGCUGGACUCACGCUGGGUGGCCGUCUCCACGCUGCGUGGCACUACCCACGUCUUCCCCAUAACGCCCUAUGGCGGGGCCAUGGGCGUGCGCACGCACACCUCGCUGCAUGUGGUCAACAAGCUGUCCAGGUUCCAUAGGAGCGCCGGCUUAGGAGCGGAUGGUCGCUCCAGCUCACCGAUUUCGCACUCGGAGAGCACGACGUUUGUGCAGUCGCUGCAGCCGUACCAUAAUCCCACAUUGCCGCCAUAUCCCAGGCCGGCGGUGGUGCAGCCGCUGGCUCAGCUGCGGCAGCCUUUCACAUUGGGAUCACCGCCAGGAUCAGCGGGUUUGGGCUCGGGCGUUGGAGGAGGAGGAGGCGGCAGUGGCGGUGGCGGUGGUGGCGUUGGCAGCAUGGGAGUUGGAAUAAAUUCCGGCAUUCAUGGAGGCCCAAGUGGCAGCCAUAGCCAUCGGCAGCGACAGCGUCUGUCCUCGCUGUCGGAUGACAGUGGGAAGCCGCUGAGCGUUUGCUCCAUCUUUGCCAAGUCAAGAUCUUGGCUACUGGAGCCACCGAUGGCAACACGAGAGCAGCCGCAUCGCGUCCAGCGCAAGGCGGUCGACUCGCUCUUCGUAAUGGCCGGCCACGGGGCGUUGAUCCAGUAUGAUUUGGACACGAAGCUGGCCUCAAAUGUUGCCAAAGAGAAGAUAUGUGAUGACACGCCCAUCGAGCUGGAGGUGGAGGCACGCGCCCAGUGGAAUCUGGGGCGGCGCAAGGAUGGAUCUCAAGAAAUCAUACCACCGCUGGGGCUGGACAAUUGGCUGAUCAAGGAUCGCCAUGCCAGCCUGCUGCUGGACAGUGCCCAUCAAUUUGACGAGCCGGACGAGCGGGCCGAGAGCUGGCUGGCCCAGGUGGAGAUCAUAACGCAUGCGGGUCCUCAUCGUCGCUUGUGGAUGGGGCCGCAGUUUGUCUUCAAGAACUAUAAUACGCCCAGCGGUUCCAAUCUGAACCAUGUGGAUGCCGAGGCAGUGGAGAUUGGCGUCACCAAGACUUCGACCACCACUCUGCCCUCGACGGCAGCUAAUGCAUCAGCUUUGGGACCGGCCAUCAAGGAUCGCUCCAGUCCUUUGAAUAUGCCCCUGAAUGCAGCCACCUCGGUGGGAGGAGCUGGCAUCGGCGGGGGCUCGUCGGGAAUCACCACCGGUCGCAGUGGCACCGGAGUACCAGUGCUCAUCGAAUCGGGAUCGUACAGCAGCAUAGAGCAGAGUCCCAAGUUGAUGGAUCGCUUCCGGCAUGGCCACUUGGACUCGGACUAUGGGCAUGGGGACACUCGUCUCAAGGAGGAUCUGGCGGAUGCCAUGCGUGAAUCGCCUUCGACGGCGGCGGCAAGGCGUGAGACAACGGCAGAUCACCAGGCUCCUGCUUCCUGCGGAGAUCCUGCUGCUGCGCCGCUAGCUUCCUUGGAGGCAGCGGCGACAACAACAACGGCGACCUGUGAUAAUGCCUGCUAUUACGAUGCCCUCGCCGAGCACGAGAGCCUCAACGAGCUGGACGAAUCGGAGGAUGCGGAGGAGACCACCACCCAGCACUUGGACUCUGGCUCAUCAACGAUUUCCGCUCUGGCCUCUGUUUUGCCCAACAUUUGCAGCUACUCGCGAGUGGAGAAAAUGGUGAAUCCCCUGGGAACGGUCACCGAUCUCAAUGCGGGCAUCUCGGGCGAACUGCAAACGGAUAUGCUGGACGAGGUGGUGGGCCAGCUGGCCGCCGAGGAUACCGUGAUCCAUGAGAACUGUGACGAGGCCCUCUUCCGUCCGGUGGUGGCCAUAUUUUGUAAUGAUCCCACUGAACGUCAAAAGUUGCUACAACGCAAUCGGGAUCGGGAUGAUAAUCCAGAGCAGGCGGCCAAUUGCCAGCCACCGGUGGUGUUGGCCAAUAAGCUGAUUGUUCCAGUGAUUGCCAAGGAAGUGGAUGAGGUGUUGGUUCAGAAGGAGAAGCAAAAGUCGCAGAAGCAAACGCACAAGGCGCAGCAGCAGCAGCAGCAACAAAAGCAGCAGCAGCAACAACAGCAGCAACAAAAGUCUCUCCGCUCUUUGGCCGCUGCCGAGGAUGCAGCUCAAGCCCAGAGAUUCGCCGAGUUGUCGCAUCUCAACAAGCCAAAGGGCAACAACAAUAACAAUAAAACUGCCAGCCAGAAGAGUGGGAGUUGCACCUCGGAGGACGAGGCCGUUCCCGCUUCCAGCAAAUCAUCUGCCAAGAAGACCAAGGGUGGUGGCAGCAACAAGCAGCCAAAGGCCAGCGGGAGAGCCACGAUUCUAGCGGAGAAGCCAAGGAGUUCAGAGCCAGAGAUGGAGCCGGAGAUGGAGCCUGAGCCUGAGCCUGAGCCAGAACCCGAACUUGAGACAGAGCAGCCGCUGGAUUCCGAUCUGGAAUCAGAUCAUGCCGAUAGCUUGCUGGCCAACAAGCGCAGCAUUGCCGCUGUUAUGGUGAGCAGUGCCAGUGCCCAGGGCUUGAGCCUGCAUGUGGAGAUGAGCACCACAAAUGCGGACGAUGAGGAGGAGCAGGAUGAGGAGGAUGAGGAGGAGUUGCAGGAAAAGCUGCCUAUAGAAAAACUUACGAAAGAAAAGCCCGAAAAGGUUCUCAAGCAAGUGAAGCUGGUCGAGGAUCCUGUGGUCACGGUAAAGAUGCUUCCCAAAGCAGAAGAGGCCUUCUCCGAUGACACAAAGAAAAAGGUCAGCGAGAGCUCAAAGAAGGCAAAACCAGAGACGACGAUUGGCAAGAAAAGUGGCGAGACCAAGAGUCAGGAGGUUAAGGAGGCCAAGGAGGUGCCCAGAAAGAAGAGUGAAACUCCUGCCAAGGAAGAAAUUAAAAUUCUAGCUCCAGUGGACAACGUUAAAAAAGAGAAAAAGGAGUUGAAGGAGAAGUCCCUUCAGGAGAAGGAGAAACCAGAGCCGGAAAAGGAAAAGUCCCAGGAGAAGGAGAAGCCUCUGGAGAAGGACAAACCUUUGGAGAAGGAGAAGAAGUCUUUGGAGAAGGAGAAGAAGUCAUUGGAGAAGGAGAAGCCUUUGGAGAAGGAGAAACCUUUGGAGAAGGAGAAGAAAUCCCAGGAGAAGGAGAAUCCUUUGGAGAAGGAGAAACCUCUAGAGAAAUUGAAAUCCAUUGAGAGGGUAAAAUCCACAGAAAAAGAGAAACCAAGCGAGAAAUCCCUCGAAAAGGAGAAGCCGCUGGCAAAGGAGAAACCCCUGGAGAAGUCAGCCUCAUCGGUGGUCACUCCUCUUCCCAUUAGCUAUGUGGUGAAAGUGGUGGAGGAAUCACAACCAGCAGCAGCAACACCUCCGAUUCCCAGUCCCUGGAAGAUUGUCACCGAGGCCACAGCAACUCCCAAGCUCUCUGCUACUGUCCAGGACUAUCCUAGCCUGGGCAAGUCGAGUCCGGAGAAGAAGCGGGAUGAGAAACUGCUGCCCGGCUUGAUUACGCCCCCGAAAGAGGAGCCAAAGUCGACACCACGCUCCUCCUCCUCCUCCUCCUCGGUCAAGGACAACUUUGAGGACUUUCUCAGCGGCCUGAAGCCGCUGGAGGAGUUGCCACCGCUGCCAGCCCUGGAGCCACUCGAAGUCCAGGAGGUGGCCAAGUCGCAGAGGGAUGUGGAGCCCAACCAGCUGAGUCUCAUCAAUUUCGAGAGCCCACUGCAGGAGAGUGCGGCGAUACCGAGGCGGAUAUCGCCACCACCGCGUGGCUUUACCGAACAGAACCUGAUCCUGGCGCUCUGCGGUUCCCUGCACUAUGAGAACGAGCAGGAUCGGCUGAGGGCAGAGGCCGAGGCCGAGGCCGAGGCAGAGGCACAACCAGAACUAGAGGAACCAGAGACGGAGGAGCAGAGUUACCUACCCCUGGAAGCGAUUUCAACGUCAUCCCUGCAAAAGUCCACCUCGACAUCGAACAACUCGUCCGGUUCCGAGGAGAUUGUCAUCAUGGAGGGGCCCGCCAAGAAGCUCAGCAAGAAGCACAAGCGACUGAAGCAGCUCCAGCUGCAGCAGCAGCAGCGGGACCGCGAACGGGAGCCAGAUGACGAGGAGCUGCGUCCGCUGAUCAGCAUCAGCAUGUGCGAUUCCCAAGUGGAGAUGCAGAAGCUGGCCAAGACCCUCUCGGGCGGCGAUGACGACGAUGAGGAUGAUGAGCGGGAAAAGGAACUCGGACUGGAACUGGAGCUGGGUUUGGGGAAGCUUGAGGAGCCGGAGCAAUCACUGCCCGAGGAUCUGCUGCAUUUUGGCAGCAGCGGUGCUGCGGCCCUAACUGUUACCACCGACAGCGAGGGACCCGUGCCGGCCACCACAUCCGAUGACAAUCUGACCUACGGCCAGCAAUCCUCAUCCGGCAGCAGUGCCGCGCCGCACAAGCUCAAGACCAAGAAGCUGGAGCACAAGAUCAAUCUUAUAGCGGCCAUUGAGGCGGCCACCUCGUCGUCCACAUCCUCGGCGGAGGAGAGCAGCGUGGAGACGACGCUACAUACGGAUAGCACGGGUCUGGGCCUGGGCUUGGGCUUGUCUUCGAGCAGCGCUUCCGGCGGAGUUAUGGGUUCUAGUGGUGCUGGCAAUGCUGCCGCCUCCUCCAGCCUGACCAAUGCCGAGGGAGGCGGUGCCGUUGGUGUCGGAGGCGGUGGCGGCGUCACCUCGGUGGGCGUGACAAGCCCGCCGAGUGCCACAAAGAAGAAGACAAAGCGACGCAAGAGAUAAGAAUUAGCGAUUUGUUUGCUGUGCGUCUUUAGCCUUGUGGUGCUGUGGCACCUGUACGCCGCCAAUCGGGUGGUCCAAUCCACCGGCGGCAGUGCACCCACUGCCCAUGCCC